CUUAGCUUUCGAAUUUUGUUCGAUGUGAUGUGCGGACAAAGCAAAUGGCGAGGUACCAAAAAUUCCGUACAAAAUUGUUUGUUCACAAUCGCUAAUUAAAACUAACUAAAAUAGCAUAAAAGAGUGUUGUAGUUCAUAGUUGGUAUUCAUUGUGUGAAAAUUCAUUAAUUAAUAGCGUAGAAAUGUACGAGAAGAUGUGAAAUUCAAGGAAAAUUUUCCACCACGGUGCAAAUUUUACUACUGAAGAAAAAAAUGAAUCAUUGAGAGAAAAAAAAGGAGCAAGAAAAACGAAUGUGCGAAAGAAAAUAAUCGAGAUGUGACGUUUCAAAUAAUUUCUCAGUGUAAUUUUUGCUUUGCUGCAAAUGGAGAAAGCAAAAGCAAUAAAUAGGAGAGCAUAAUGUAUACCUAGUGAAAAAUUUUAAUAUAUAUUUAAAAAUAGUUUAUAUAAAUAAUUCUGCCCUAAUUUUAUAUAUAUUUAUAUGGUGUGCGUGUAUUUUUUUUAACCACAUUUUUAAAUGUGUGGUAUUUAGAAUUAUAUAUCUACGUAUAUAUUAUUUUUCAUUCAGUGAAGAAUUUAUGGAAAAUCACCUGCAUUGUAGAGGUUUUUUUGUGUGAAACAACAAUAAAAUGAAAUAAAAGAAUUUUCAGACAUCGAUCGAACAAGAAAAUCCUUAUAUUACUACGCUGAAGCCUUUUUUUAGCAUUGCUCUUUGAAACAUAUUGCGUUGUAGAUUUUUUUCCUUUAACCUUUUCUACAAAAAAAAAGUUUAUUUCACUUAAUAAUUACAACAAGAAAAUAAUCUCUAAAAAAACAAAAGUUCCGAAUUUAAUUUUACAUUAUUUAAUAAAAAAAAAUUUUCUUUCAAAAUUGAAGAAGAAAAAAAAUGAAAACCUACUAAAGAGGGGACCAGAACACAAAAAAAAGAAAAAUCAUACAUCUUAAAAUCAGUGUGUGGUACAUAAUUUUAUAACAUAAAUGUAAAAAUAAAUGCGGGAAUGUGUAUGCAAUGUGAAAGUGUGAAUACAAAGAGAGAACUAAAACUUAGUAAAAGACGAAGAGGAAAAAUUUAGACAAAUUCACGCGUCUACACAAAUGAAAACGUCGCAUUUUUCGACCAACUACGACUUCCCGAGUCGCCCUUUUAUUCAGGGAGCAUCAACAACAAUUUGUCACCAAUCAAGCGGGCAAAUUCACACGCAAGACAAGGAAUACUACCAAAGUGGCAGCGGUGAAGGCGGCGAUUAUCCAUCAUCAUCGUCAGGCUUUCAUCUUACCACCAAAUACCAUCAUUCAUCGUCCUCCCAGCAACACCAACAGCAACAACAACAACACUAUGAUAACGAUUGCUCCAUAGUUAGCACGGCGAGGAUCAUCGCAAGCAAUCACCCAUCAUCUGCUUCCGCUAAUUCAUACGGCGGUGGUCCAAAUCAUUUGGAAGCAAAUAACAAAUAUGAGGUAGCGGCCAAUGAGGCCCGAAAUCCCCUUAGUACAAGUGCAGGAGAUACUGUAGAAGCCACGGGGGAAUAUCACGUAAUUAAGAACGCAAUCAAUAAAAAUCAGCAGAAAGGAGCAAAGAGAAAACGAGAACCAGCUGAGUGCGAUUGCGGUUGUGUUGACUCAACAAUUGUUAGUAGUACGUCGGGGCCGCUUAGUGCUGCCCCAUCGACCAGCUCAAAAACGGCACACACUAAAGUUGCAAAUUCUGGGGGUCAUGCAACAACGCAGGCCCCCAAUAAACGUUCCAGCAGCGGCGCUGACGGUGACUAUCAAUUGGUUCAGCAUGAAGUUUUGUAUUCGCUAUCAGCACAAUAUGAGGUGCUGGAGUUUCUUGGACGUGGUACUUUUGGACAAGUAGUUAAAUGCUGGAAGAAAGGGACGAGUGAAAUUGUUGCAAUUAAAAUCCUCAAGAAUCACCCAUCGUAUGCGAGACAAGGGCAAAUUGAAGUUUCCAUUUUAUCCCGCCUAAGCCAGGAGAAUGCCGAUGAAUUCAACUUUGUGCGGGCAUUUGAGUGCUUUCAGCACAAAAACCAUACAUGUUUGGUUUUUGAAAUGCUGGAGCAGAAUUUAUAUGACUUCUUGAAGCAUAACAAAUUUUCACCUCUGCCACUGAAAUACAUUAGACCAAUACUUCAGCAGGUUUUGACGGCCCUAUUGAAAUUAAAACAACUGGGACUGAUUCACGCUGAUCUUAAACCAGAAAAUAUUAUGCUCGUGGAUCCAGUGCGUCAACCUUACAGGGUGAAAGUUAUUGACUUUGGCAGUGCAUCGCAUGUAAGUAAAACAGUGUGCAACACGUACUUACAAUCGCGCUACUAUCGAGCACCGGAAAUUAUUCUGGGAUUGCCAUUUUGCGAGGCAAUUGACAUGUGGUCCCUUGGAUGUGUGGUAGCUGAGCUAUUUCUUGGUUGGCCUUUGUAUCCUGGUUCAUCGGAAUAUGAUCAAAUUAGGUACAUAUCGCAAACACAAGGUCUGCCGACUGAACACAUGCUCAACAGUGCUAGCAAGACGGCAAAAUUCUUCUAUCGUGAUGUGGACUCAACGUAUCCUUUCUGGCGUUUAAAGACACCUGAAGAACACGAAGCUGAAACGAAUACACGGAGUAAAGAAGCAAGAAAGUAUAUCUUCAACUGCUUGGAUGAUAUUGGUCAAGUGAAUGUACCCACGGAUUUGGAGGGUGGACAACUACUCGCAGAAAAGACAGAUAGAAGGGAAUUUAUUGAUUUACUGAAGAGGAUGCUAACAAUUGAUCAGGAGCGUCGUAUUACACCGGCUGAAGCUCUUAAUCACGCCUUUACUACACUCACACACCUUGUGGAUUAUGCUCACUGUAACAAUGUUAAGGCAUCAGUGCAGAUGAUGGAAGUGUGUCGUCGUAGUGAUUUUCAUACGGUUCAACCGGCACAGACUCUUGUCACAAAUUUUGUACCUAAUACAACGGAAAAUAUGACUUUUACCAUUAAUAACCAAUUAACAAGUCAAGUGCAGCGUUUAGUCCGUGAACGUCCUACCACAUAUGACAAUCUCUAUCAAAUUUAUGGAGGUCGAACUGUAGGUCGGCAGUAUGCUAGUGGACGUACAGAUGCUUUCCAACAUCAACUGGUAUCAAGUAUUCUCUGUCCACCUGGGUAUCAGGCAAUGCCCAGUCCAACGAAGCAUGUUGUAGUUGGUGGAACUGCUAUGCAACCACCGCUGCAGAUAACAUCGCAGCAGUAUGUUAAUGUACCAGUACCUGUAUCAAUGGUGGAACCAUCGUCGGGUCAGCGAAUGCUCCUCACGAAUGCCGUGCAAACUAAUAGCGUAGCAUGGCCGCAGAGUGGGCGUCAAGUAGCAUUGGUACCAUCUUGGCCGCAACAGGGUGCACCACACUCUCUCAUUGUGGAUCCAGCACCUUUCCUCAAUGUUGAAGAGAUCUAUCCCAAGCACCAUCUGAGUCUGCAGCGGCAUGAACCGAAAAAGGAAUCACCUUUGCAGCAUCUCGUUGUACCGCGACAUGAUAAAAAGGAAACAAAUCAAUUGUCUCCAGUUAAGAAGCGCGUGAAAGAGAGUACCCCACCACAUCAGCAACGCUACAAUCGUACCCACAUUUCGCCACAAUAUCACCACAGUUCGCAUCAUUUCUAUGGUUCAAGUGGCACCAAUGGUAGUGGGAACAUCCAACAGCCAUUGAUAUCAUUGCAAGAGCAACAAACAGUUAUGCCAGCAUCUGUGGGUCAUCAUGCUGAAGUUGUGAGCGGUAGUCACGGUGGUAGCCAUCACCACCAUAGUAGCAGCAAUCACCACAGCCAUCACAACCACCAUGGGCACACAAAUAGUGGUCAAAGUGGGAAUGCAGCGUACGUUAGUGGUGUUGGUAAUUCCGUGGCGAAGCAGCAAACAAUAACAAUUCACGAUACACCUUCACCCACGGCAAUUAUAACAAUUUCCGACAGUGAAGAUGAGAGCCCCGAAGUACACCAGACUCCAUGUAAAAAUACAACUCGCAGUCACAACUCCUCAUCGUCAUCGUGUCGCUCCAAUCACCCCAGCAAUGUAUCAAAUAAUCAAAAUGUCGGCACAAUGACAAACUCCUCGUCAUCGUCAUCGGUAAAUUCAUCCAAUAGGAAUCGCAAGAAUGUCAUUUCUUGCGUAACAGUGGGCGACAGUGACAAUGAGGAGAGAGCACGAAGCCCCAAAGUAAUACAGCAAAACUUAACUCAUCAUACAAGUAAAGCCACCACAGCAUCAUCUGGUCAUCACCACACGCAUGCACAGCCUGUGCAACAAGGAUCAAAUCACACGAGUGAGCAGAGACACAAAUCUUCACAGUCAUCCAGUUCAUCUGUUAAAUAUGAACCACAUGCAGUUCAAUCACAGAAAAAGCGUCUUCUUGCAAUGGCGCAAAAUGAAUGUUUCCUCCAAACUUCAUCAUCAUCGUCAAAUCAAUUGCAUGUCCCGAAGCAAGAACCAACGGAAUUUACGUAUGAUUACACACAAGUUGAUAAGAGGGCAUCAUGGGCACCACCGGCACAUCACAAUCACCACAAGAGAGAUACAGCACCGUAUAUGUCUUCGCAGCAUCCACCACCAAUGGCGCAUACGAAAAAUUCAUCAACUGCCGUGGCUGCUGUAGCUGCUGCAUCAUGGGGUGCACCAGUCUAUCGGCAGCAACAUCAAUCAGCCAAUACACCCCUGGGUAGUUCCCCUGGGGGCCUUAUGCAGCAAGAUAUUUAUGCACAAAGUGAUAUUUAUCGGCGCCCCACUGUUUUUGUUUCACAAGCCCCAUACCAAACGUAUAAUAGAGUUGUACCCCCACCAGCUCACAAUGGCUCCAGCCGACAGGUAAAUAACAAUCUUCAUAGCAUUAAAAAAUAUACUCAUUUAAUCUUCCUUGCAGGUUCUGCCAUCUCAUCCAUUGCCUGCUCACAUUCAGUUUCCGGCGCAGUACAGUCAAUUUGGUCCACUGAGUCCUGCUCAGGUAGCUAAUAAGCAUGGACACUAUCAAACUGCUAAUUUGUGGUUUGGUGAAUAAACAAACUUUGUCUCUUUUUUUUUAACUAAUUUGUAAUUUUUGUAUAAACAAUGAAUUUUUUUUCACAAAAUCAAAGCUUAGGACAAAAUAUUAAAUGGAUACAAACAAGAAAAAAAAGAAAAGAAUGUAAUAUUAUGUGUUCUUAUGUAUGUUCACAGAAUCUAAUUGAAAUUGUGUGAGUUUAUGUGAAUAUACCUUCAUAUAUAAACAAUGAUAAAUUAAAAAAUAUAUAUACAAAUAAAUAUAUAUUUGCAACACUA